UUCAACUUAAACCAUAGUGGGCUGCUACUACGAAUGAAACCGUUGUUUGUCAACUCAAAGACCUUUUCCACCUUAAUUAUAACGGUGUGUUCUCCCAUUACACAAAAACAUCUGGGAAGAUAAGACUUGCCUAUCAUUGUGGUGAGAGCUGUUCAUAAAUCCUUGUCACAAACCAGCUCCAUUUUCACGCAAAAUCCAUUUGUUGUAUACCAUGUAGAGAGAAUAGUUGUUCAAAACGAUUGCAGGGGAAAAAAUGCAGUUUGUUGAUCGGAAGAAGAAUAGGUUGUCAGCAAAUCCUCGAGUUACUCUGGCUUCUAUUGAAUCCUUGUCCGUACCACUUGUGCAGGAAGUUGUGUUCUUGGCAGACUACCGAUGCACCAAGUGCCAGCAGAGGGUGGCAGAAGUAAUGUCAAAGAUGAAUGGAGAAACGGAAUCUGUAUUGAUAAGUGUGCUGGAGAAGAAGGUGACUCUAACUUGCAACUUUUCAAAGGGACGAGUAGCUUCAAUCUGCCGGAAUCCCUUCAACAGAUUUACUUUCCUGACGCGGAUGUUCCUCUCUUCUUGCUGCUGAUCAAUAUACGUCCACCUUAGAUACAUUUUAAUAAUUUCUCCAGUUAGUCAUGUUAUGCAUUUGACACGUGUAAUUAAAUGUGCUACAUGGAUAAAUAAAAUAAAAGUUGUUACUCACA